AUGCAAAUCGAGGCCCUCCUCUCCGUCCUCUCUCUGUCGGCCCUCGCGGCCGCUGGCGGCGACUUCGCGGCCUCCUGUACAGACAUUGACCUGAUUAGCGGCCACACUCUGAACGCUCUUUGCUACGGUGAUGGGUUUAAGGAGAGAUCUUUCCUCGACCUGAACAAGUGCUAUGCCACAAUCGAAGACGGGUCCAUUGUGCCUCGUAAAGAUGGUGGUUUCUACGGCCGCUGCAAAAGCUGCGCUGUUACCCUCAAGGGUAUCUUGAUGUGCACCUGCGAGCAAGCGGAAGGGUUUGCCAGGACAGUCCAGGUCGAUCUGAACGAGCAUAUCUCGAAUAUCAACGGACACACCCACUGUGAUGUCGAAGACGGUGGUUACGACGGGAGCUGCUAUCAUAUGUGGAACGGCGAGGUUGAGUGCGAUGAUGCGCGGGUUACCAACUAG